AUGCUAAAAAGAAAAGGUUGAAAGUAAAAUAAGCAUCUGAUUCGAUCAUCCAGUGCUGAAUUUCACAGCACAACUCAACUAAAAGAAAAGAAAAAAAGCAUUAGAAAAGCUUGGAGGAAGUGUGAUGCAUGAUAGAUAGCUAAUUUGAAAGUGUUCUUCUUAAUUUUAUGCAAUCACUAAACCAAGACUGUUUGUUUUGACUUCAAAUUUAUAAAUUUCAUAAGAAUCUAUUUUUUUGUAUGACUUAAAAAGUACUAAUAAACAUUUUAAAGAAUCUUUCUUCUUAAUUUAUGUUGUGCUUGAUUUGGCUUUAGUUUUGUAGUUCAAGUGAUGCUGCAAUCAGAAAGAUCGCUACGUAGCAACCUUCCGAUAACUCGAAUACCAGGAGAUGGUAGGUGUUUGUUUAGAUCUGUGGUCUAUGGUGCUUGUCUCAGAACUGGGGAGCCACCUCCAAGUCACACCAAGCAAAGAGAGCUUGCAGAUGAACUUAGAGCCAAAGUUGUGGAUGAAUUCAUCAAGAGAAGAGCAGACACUGAAUGGUUUCUUGAGGGUGACUUUAACACCUACACAAUACAAAUGAGAAAGCCUCAAGCAUGGGGAGGAGAGCCUGAACUUCUCAUGUCAUCACAUGUUUUACAGAUGCCUAUAACAGUGGUCAUGCAAGAUACAAAUUCCAAUAACCUUAAAAUUAUAGCUGAAUAUGGUCAGGAGUAUGGCAAGGAGAAUCCUGUUAGAGUCAUCUAUGAUGGUUAUGGACACUAUGAUGUAAUACAAUCAUAGUAACUGCACUGCAAUUUAUUGUUGAAUUAUGAUAACUAUAUUAUAACUGGACAAUGUGCUUUAAUGUGACUAUGACUUCCUAGUAACAAAGCAGCGAAUUCUGAUCAGAA